AUGAAGAAGAAACCAGUAGGUAGGACAGCGCCACUCAUCACCAACGUUAUGUGGAGGAAUCUAAUGGCUCAAGCCUUAUAUCAGAUUGCUGUUUUAUUGACCUUACAAUUCAAAGGAGAAUCGAUCUUUGCUGUCAACAAGAGGGUAAACGAUACAUUGAUUUUCAACACGUUUGUUCUUUGCCAAGUCUUCAAUGAAUUCAACGCGCGAAACCUGGAGAAGAAGAAUGUCUUUGAGGGAAUACACAAGAACAAGUUGUUCAUGGCAAUCAUCGGAAUAACAUUGGUUCUCCAAGUGGUGAUGGUGGAGUUCCUAAAGAAGUUUGCAAAUACAGAGAGGUUGAAUUGGGGUCAAUGGGGUAUUUGCAUUGGAUUUGCAGCUGCAUCAUGGCCAAUUGGUUGGCUUGUCAAGUGCAUAUCUGUUCCAGAUAGACCAAUCUUUAGUUAUCUCAG